UGAAAGAAAGAAAGAAAAACCAAACUGUUAAAGAAAACGAGUCGAGAUUGCAUCUCUUCAAGGUGGUCCUGAGGCGAAAACCAUGGCGAUCGCCCUCCGCUUCCUCUCCGUCGCCACCUUCCUCUUCCUGCUGAUCUCCUCGGCCGCUGCGUCCUCGGAAGUUCACGAUCUCCUCGAGAAGUUCGGCCUCCCCAAGGGCCUCCUUCCCCAUUUGGCCGAUGACUACUCCCUCGCCGACGACGGCUCCUUCGAGGUCCGGCUCGAGCACCCAUGCUAUGUCAAGUUCACCGACCUCGUCUUCUACGCAGAGACUAUUACCGGGCAUAUCUCGUACGGCACCAUCUCCGAGAUCCAAGGCAUCCAGGUCAAGAAGCUCUUCGCCUGGUUACCCAUUACCAGCAUCUGGGCCGUCGACGAGUCGAAGUCCAUCGAGUUCAUCGUGGGCUUCCUCUCCGAGAAACUCCCGUGGGAGUUGUUCGAGAACGUCCCCCAUUGCCGGAACAAGGGGUUGCAGAAGGCCUCCUACCGCCGCAACGCCGACCUCCUAUCUAAAGAACUGUUUGGUACUGCUGAGGUUUAAACUGGAAGCAAUUUGGAGUUCUUAUGCUGCAGAUCUUCCAUUAUGUAGGCCCAAUAAUAAUCUAGCUAUAUCUUCAGAAUAAAUGCGUUGUUCCUCACUCUAAAGCCUCUACUCUAGUGGUUUCUAUGUAUUUCUAUUUGAAUAAUAAUCUAGCAAAAGAAGAGGGUUUUUAUCACUA